AUGGGUGACUCGCUGCGCCGCGAGAAUGGAGGCUGGCCACCGCACGUCCAUUAUCAGCUCUCGAUGCGCCGCCCGAGGACACACGACCUUCCGGGCGUUGUGUCCUUCGACGACGUCACGCGGGCGCAGGACGCCUUUCCCGACCCGCGGCUCGUGCUCGGCCCGCUGAGCGCUACAAGUCUUGUCACUAACAGAGUAGAAGGAUCUGACCUCGGGGCCGAUGUGACCAAGCGCUGGUAG